AUGGCUGAGUUGGUUGAUCAAAUAAAAAGAUCAACACCACUACACAUUGCGGCUGCAAAAAAAGGGUGGUUACCAAUUGUCGAGAUGUUGCUUGAAGUGAAGCCGAACAUGUGUUUCGUGCACGAUCAAGAUGGAAUGACGCCCCUUCAUGUCGCAGCAGUAAAUGGUAACACCGACGUCCUUAAAGAGUUUCUCAAGAAGAAGCAUCAGGCUGCUUUGGAACGAACUACGAAAGGUGAGACUAUUUUACAUUUGUGCGUUAAAAAUUGUCAGCUAGACACAUUGAAAGCAUUGGUUAAGGAUACAUAUGAUCUUGAGUUACUUAACUCCGGGGAUAAUGAUGGCAACACAGUCUUGCACCUUGCUGUGGCUUACAAAGAAUAUAAGAUGUUAGAGUUUUUACUAGAGCAAGGUGAUAACAAGAUAGAUAAAAACGCUAUGAACGAGAAAAACAAGACAACUAUGGAUAUUUUCGACCUAACAAAAAUUAGGAAGGAUUCUGAUGAGGAUAGAAAAGCUAAUGAGAAUAAUUUAGCACAAUGCUUGUGUACUAUAGUAGGAUGGGAGGACGAAAAAUGGUUGGAGGAGCAGAACACAGCUCUAAUGGUUGUUGCAUCUUGUAUUGCGACCUUGUCAUUCCAAGUCGGAAUUAAUCCACCCGGAAGUGUUUGGACGGAUAAUGAACAAGGUCAUGUGGCAGGUACGUCCAUAAUGUCAUAUGAUACCGAUAAAGAUUCAUACAAUCUAGUACAAGUUAGCAACACUGUUGGGCUCAUGUCAUCGCUAAGUGUCAUCCUUCUCCUUAUUAGCGGCCUUCCUUGCAAGGGACAUUUUGUGUUCAUUUUGAGGGUUACUUUGUGGAUUGCUGUGACCGCGAGUGCAGUUACUUACUUUUACACGAUAGGGUACAUUACAAAUGAGCUUGGAGACAAAGCUGUCUUAGUCGAUGCUAUGGAAUAUUCUGUCGAGGUAUGGCUAUGGCUCAUGAUGGUGAUACUCUUUGGACAUGGUGUGCGCUUCAUAUGGAAGAUUAUGGGUCAUGAGAGAAGGGCAAAUAUUAAAAAAACUUUGAAAACUGAUAAGUGGAGUCAGUAUUGUUGA